AUGUUGGGGAGCGUUUUCGGUUGGGUUUCGCUCCUUUUUGAGCCACUAGCAUUUCAAGUUCCUCUUAUUGAACCUCAACCUAGACUCAAGGCUGAAAAUACUGUAUCCAUUCCUGAACAAGGUCCCUGGCAAGAGAUCAUUACCGGACAUUAUGCUAUCCCGCCCGUAUUGAAAAUUCACGAUCGGAAUAGUGUCGUCAAAUGGAGUUGGCAACGAGAAGAUGUUGGUACUCAAGAGUUACCGCCUUUGAUCAAAGAGGGAUUAUACAGUCAUUUUAAUGAUGCAACCGAUAUGAAGUGGAUGCGAGGUGGGAGAAGCGUGGCCGCCGUUUACAGUGCUACCGUCAUUGUCGUCAACCACACUCCCGAUCAACCCUCCAUCGAUAAGAAAAUCACUUUCGCUCUCAACAGAGCAAAUGAUGUCUUACACAAUGCCCAUACCAUCGAACCUUUACCCGGUGAUCGUCUCGCUGUCGGAACCACUGGGCAACGGCCGUGGGAUGGCAUUUUGGUCUACAACAUGAGCGAGGCUCUCCCUCUCGUCAAUGAACCUCCGGUAUUACAAAAAAUCGAAGGUCUUCGUGCCAUCCAUGCUAUGAUCUGGGAUGAGCAGGGUCAGAUGCUAUGGGCGACCGGAACGGAUGCCGCUGCCGAUGGUUCGGAUCCCGUACCCGCAUACGGUGUCAUUCAGGGAUAUCCUUUCGAUGCCGAGACAGGUCUUCUCAGCAUUGAUGAAGCUUAUCGAUUCCGAUUUCCCGAAUACUACGACAUCGACGCUGAAUGGGGACACGGAUACAGUUGGUGGGCUGGGCCCCACGAUCUCGUUCCUGUCCCCAAUGAACGAGUUUUCCUCGUAUCCAACGAUAUCGGUCUCCACGCCUUUGAUAUCGAUAAAAUGAAGUUCACCGCCGAAUACGACGAGGUCAUCGAGAAAUAUAUGCCCGGAUUCGAGGUCACCACCAACGAUCGGCACGGGGUCAAUCGUGCGGGUGAAUACGUGGACUUGCCGCAAUCAGACCUUAAGGGUUUCAGUCUCGCCCCCGAUGGAAGCUACAUCUACACUCAGUCUCUAUGGACUCUCUUCCGAGGGAACUACACCAGUCUUGUGGUCGACGGUGUGCGUACCAAGAUCAUGCAAGGGAAUGAAAUCUACCGGUCGCGAUGGUUCGGGGAUAUCGAUGGCUGGCCCAAACCCAAGACCUAG